AUGGCGGGCACCUAUGAGUUCAAGUUCAUCAACGGCAACUCCUGGAGCGACCUCAUCGAAGAGGUCCCCAUGGAGUGCAGCGAGCAAACCUCGGAGCAUUUCAACCGGCAGCUGACAAUAACCGCGGAGAUGUCCGCCGAGGUAGAUGUGUGCUUCAGUGCCUGCGUGCCGUGUCACGGCAUUCCCCCAUGCAAGCUUUUCCGAUGCCCUGGCUGGAUGGUGCAUCGGAUGGAUCAGCUGGAAACAGUGGCCACUACCUCGGCAGAAUGCUGUGAGGCAAGCCCUCCCUAUGUCAAGGACGUGGUCGUCCAAUCCGCCGGCUUCGAUGACGGCAACCAAGUGUCUUUCUGGCUCAAGGGCACUUUGAUCUAUGCCACCACUCGCAGGGGCCUGACGGCCAUGGUGCUGUCCAGCGACGGAGAGCUGAACCGGGCCACCACCUUCGAUACCAAUCAGGACUCCUCUCAGCUGGAGAUCUUUCUGGAGGCCUUGGAGAACGGCACCCAGUUGCUUCUGGGCGCUUCCGACGAAGCCUCAUCCUCCUUAAGCCCCCGGGCGCGGGAGCUGAUCCGCGGCUUUGGGGGAACUGCCAUCGACCAGAUCGCCUGGCGAGGCUCGUACGCGCUGAUCGGCGUGAAGAACGGGGACGCCUUCGCGGAGGCGGUGGUCAGUCGAUUCGGCGGCCCAGCGGUGGCGGUGGCGGCCGUGCCGUGGGCGGAGCUGCCGUUGCUUCCGCUGCCGAGCUGCGACGUGCAGGUUCCCUUCCCACCCAGCUCUGGGAAAGUCCACUCGACUGGCAACUUGGAAGUUUAUACGGAGGACGCCAGCUGCCGGUACACGGUCUUCGAGCGCGACAGCAUCUCCACAUGUUUGGAUGGUGCCUGGGUGGUGGUUCUGGGCACUUCCAAUGCUCAGCUCCUGGCCAACAACCUGCUGUUCACCCUGGCUGGGCGCAAUGCAAGCGAUCAUAUACACUUCGGCGAAUUCAACUUUCAUGACUUCGUCAUUGAAGAUGGCGUUGUGAUUUAUCACAACGUCAUCCGCGUCGAUGACGUGGAGGAGUGCAAGCAGAACACAACCGGCUCAAACGAGCAAGAGGAGCAGUGCAAGGACACCUACGGUACAGAGCUGGCCAAGGCUCCAGCGCCCAAGGCCGGCCGGGUGCGCGUGACUAUGACCAUCGUCUUCUUUUGGGAGCGGGUCCGAUCCAUGAUGCACAUCGUGGAGGCGGACGCGGGCUGGCGGGAGGUGAAGGUGGGCUAUGUGACCCAAGUGGUGGCAUGGUACCUGGUUUGCCAAAACAUCAAGUCCUACCUCUGCCCGCGGAGAGAGCUUAAGGAUGACACGGAAGACCAGACAUUCCAGAAGUUCACAGAUGAAAUGGACUCGGUGCUGAGCUAUAUGCAGACCUCGUGUUCUCCUUCUGGCCGCGCUGGUCAAGGCUUCGGCUGCGUGGUGGGCACAAACUCCUACACCGACGCUCAGGGCUCCCUGGGGGAGGCCUUUCGUCGCUUCAACGCCCAAGUCCUCGUCUCCAUGUCCUCCAAAGCCACGGGGACCUUCCGCGCGCUGGACGUCUUCGCGCUGGGCGCCGCCAUGCCGCGGGAGACGCUGGCGGGCCACGGGAGUCCCAUGGUGCACCUCUGGACCUGGAUGGCUAUCUUGGGCGCCUGGUGUGCGCCACAGCUGGCAGCUGAUGAGUGGCAGGUGCACUUCGUGGGACCUUUGUGCAGUGCCCGGGAGGUGAACGAAGCCUUGUGCCCGCGAGCGCAAAUCGGCGUGGAGUGGAUUUGCAUGAACAGCGAGCCCUGCUUUAUGGAGAUCGCCUCCGCAACACAGACCACCACGCCCCUCUCCUUCCCGGUGACUCUGCGAUUGGGUAUGACGGACCAGGUGGCCAGCGGCGUGUACGUGGCCGGCAGCUUCCAGGGCUGGGAUCCUGCCGCCACCCCGCUGGCAGAGUCUGAAAAUGGGUAUGAGGUGACGCUCCACCUCAGCCCGGGGCUGUAUGAGUACAAGUUCGUGACCGGCGCAUCCUGGGAUGGUGCAGAGCAAGUUCCUGCAGAAUGCGCUCGGGAGGAGUUCUCAAACCGUUUCUUCGAGGUGGUCAACGCUCCCUUGGCUAUAGAGACCUGCUUCGGCUCCUGCUCAUGCGAAGUGGAGACUACAGCGACCACCACGUCGAGCACUGGGGAUGUCUUUCUCCCGGUGGAUGGAGGUAUCGGCCGGGCGUGCCGAGGGGCCUCGCGCUCCGACAAUUUGGCCAACUACUACUCCGUGGUGUCUGUCAGCAGCCUGGACGCCUGCCAGUCCGAGUGCUUGAGCAUGGCCUCCUGCGUGGGGGUGGAGUACAGCCCUAGCCGCUGUGAGGUGUGGACAAGGCCCGAGGGGAUCCAGGCGAGCAUCGCCUUGUCGGGCUUCUCCUGCUUCAAGCUGAGCACCGUCACCUCCUCUCCGGUCCCCGAGUCCUUCUAUGGGGUGGACGGUGGGGUCGGCCGUGCCUGCCGCGGUGCGGCUCCGGGGGACAACCUGGCCAGCUAUUACUACAUCCAGCAGUCCAGCGGCCUGGCAGGGUGCCAACAAUCCUGUGUCCAGGAGCCGCAGUGCGUGGGCAUCGAGUACAGCCUCGGGCGCUGCGAGAUUUGGACCCGAGCGCAGGGGAUUGAGGCCACGGUGGCGUUGAGCGGGUUUACUUGCCAGCGCUACAGCAGUUCCGCGCGCCGAUUGCAAACGGACUUCCUGGCAGUGUGA